ACUUGCUACAUCAUCUUUGGAUCGGCUUCACGGUGCGGUGGAUUGUGGGUAAAACGUCCACCCGCCGCUGUAACUGUCUUUCUGUAGCGGCUGAAGGAGAGUCUGGAGUCAUGAGAGGAAUCCGUUCUCUGAACAGUAUCCCCAAACGUUGCUAUGCUGCGGCCAGGAGGAGUGCAUCUCUGACUGAACCCCUCGCAGGCCUGAAACUGCCCGCAGCUGCCCCUCUCCCUGCCCAAGAUGUCCAGGUGUCCAAGCUCCCAAACGGUCUUGUGAUAGCGUCGCUGGACAACUACUCGCCCCUGUCCAACAUCGGCGUGUUUGUGAAAGCGGGGAGUCGCUAUGAGACGGUGGAAAACCAGGGCGUCUCUCACGUGCUGCGGCUGGCGGCAAACCUGACCAGUAAGGGGGCGUCUGCCUUCAAGCUGUGCCGCGGUUUGGAAUCUCUGGGGGCCAGCCUGAGCGUGACAUCAUCGAGGGAGACCAUGGUCUACUCCAUGGAGUGCCUGAGGGAGCACUUAGAUACAUUAAUGGAGUAUUUGGUCAGCGUUACCGCAGCUCAGGAGUUCCGGCCGUGGGAGGUGUCUGACCUGACUCCCAGGGUGAAGAUCGACAAGGCUCUGGCUCAGCAGAGUCCUCAGAUAGGUGUAGUUGAGAAGUUGCACGAAGCGGCGUACAAAAACGCCCUGAGCAACUCGCUGUACUGCCCCGACUACAUGGUUGGAAACAUCACCAAUGACCACCUGCUGUCAUAUGUUGAGGACAAUUUCGUCACUGGCAGAAUGGCUCUUGUAGGAGUAGGUGUUAAGCACUCCGUCCUGAGGCAAGUGGGCGAGGGGAUCCUGAGCACCCGCAGCGGUGCCGGAGCACCAGCGGCCAAGGCUCUGUACCGUGGAGGCGAGGUGCGUGUUCAGAACAAUGAUGACCUGGUUCAUGCACUGAUCGCCUGCGAGGGCGGUGUGGCGGGGAGUGCGGAGGCUAACGCCUUCAGCGUUCUGCAAAGGGUGCUGGGAGCUGGGCCACAUGUAAAGAGGGGCGCCAACCUCACCAGCAAAUUGAGCCAGGGUAUUGCCAAAGCUACCACACAGCCAUUUGAUGCCUCAGCCUUCAAUGCUACAUACUCUGACUCCGGCCUGUUCGGCAUCUAUGCCAUUGCACAAGCUGACGCUGCAGCAGAGGUGAUCCAAGCUGCCGUUGCUCAAAUGAGAGGUGUGGCUGAGGGAAGUGUGUCGGAGGCCGACGUCUCCAGAGCCAAGACCCAGGUGAAAACAGAGUACUUGAUGUCAAUUGAGAGCUCUGACAUCUUGCUGGAGGAGAUCGGUGCUCAGGCUCUGACCACCGGCGCGUACCAGUCCCCCGAUGCUGUCGUCCAGGCUAUGGAUGCCGUCACCCAUGACGAUGUGGUCAAGGCCGCCAAGAAAUUUGUGGAUGGCAACAAGACCAUGGCAGCUAGUGGACAACUCAAGAAUACACCGUUUGUGGAUGAAGUAUGAAACUGAAGUAUGAGAACUGGUGAUUUUAACUCGGGCAUGCUGUGCCAUGCUGCUUAAAUAGGAGAGAGGACCUCAAAGCCACAGCCUCCUGCAACAAUUCAUUUGAUGUCAGCAAUCAUCUGUAGUUUGUCCUGCAGUAACUGUAAGCACCACAACAGGGAGCCGGAGAACCAUAAUGCAAUUCCUCUAUUGUUUUUUUUUUUUUUUUUGUCGAUUUAACUGUAUAUCUAUGUAAAUUAAAGUAAUGACAUAAACCAC